AUGCUUUGCUCCUCUUGCCUUGGGGUUUGCGCACUGCUAACCCUGCUCUUCGGGGCUCUUCACCCAUUUUCUCUGCUCCAGGCCUACUCCUCAGUCCCAGUCAGCAACAUGAACUCGGGCCUGGGCUCCAUGAAUUCCAUGAACACCUACAUGACCAUGAACACCAUGACCACAAGCGGCAACAUGACCCCAGCUUCAUUCAAUAUGUCCUACGCAAAUCCGGGCCUGGGCGCUGGCCUGAGCCCCGGCACGGUGGCUGGCAUGCCCGGGGGCUCCGGGGGCGCCAUGAACAGCAUGACAGCGGCGGGAGUGACGGCCAUGGGGACUACGCUGAGCCCCGGCGGCAUGGGCGCCAUGGGCGGGCAGCCUGGGGCCUCCAUGAACGGCCUGGGCCCCUACGCCGCUGCCAUGAACCCCUGCAUGAGCCCCAUGGCGUACGCGCCGUCCAACCUGGGCCGCAGCCGGGCUGGGGGCAGUGGAGAUGCCAAGACUUUCAAGCGCAGCUACCCGCAUGCCAAGCCGCCCUACUCUUACAUCUCGCUCAUCACCAUGGCCAUCCAGCAGGCCCCCAGCAAGAUGCUCACGCUGAGUGAGAUCUACCAGUGGAUCAUGGACCUCUUCCCCUAUUACCGGCAGAACCAGCAGCGCUGGCAGAACUCCAUCCGCCACUCGCUGUCCUUCAACGACUGCUUCGUCAAAGUGGCGCGCUCCCCGGACAAGCCGGGCAAGGGCUCCUACUGGACGCUGCACCCGGACUCGGGCAACAUGUUUGAAAACGGCUGUUACUUGCGCCGCCAGAAGCGCUUCAAGUGCGAGAAGCAGCCAGGGGCCGGGGGCGGGAGCGGGGGCAGUGGGGGCGCCAAGGGCGGCCCCGAGAGCCGAAAGGACCCCUCGGCCUCUGCCAAUGGCAGCGGCGACUCGCCCCUUCAUCGGGGGGUUCACAGUAAGGCCGGCCAGCUAGAGGGCGCACCGGCCCCGGGGCCCGCUGCCAGCCCCCAGACUCUGGACCACAGCGGGGCGAGCGCUACAGGGGGCGCGUCGGAGCUGAAGACUCCGGCCUCCUCAGCUGCGCCCCCAAUCAGCUCUGGGCCUGGGGCUCUGGUAUCGGUGCCCCCGUCCCACCCGGUGCAUGGGCUGGCGCCUCACGAGUCCCAGCUACACCUCAAAGGGGAUCCCCACUACUCCUUCAACCACCCCUUCUCCAUCAACAACCUCAUGUCUUCGGAUCAGCAGCACAAGCUGGACUUCAAGGCGUACGAGCAGGCGCUGCAGUACUCGCCCUACGGCGCCGCGCUGCCCGCCAGCCUGCCGCUGGGCAGCGCCUCGGUGGCCGCGCGGAGCCCCAUCGAGCCCUCAGCCCUGGAGCCGGCCUACUACCAAGGUGUGUAUUCCAGACCUGUCCUAAACACUUCCUAG